GACUGUCAAUGCUAAUGUUAAAGCUAACAAUCGCUAUCAGCGCUCCCACCCUGAAAGUCUUACAUCGGGGCGCGUUUCAAAGAAAGUGGUUGUUUUUAACUUUUGGCCUGACGAUGACGAAGACAGUUCGUCUAAUCAACGGUAUCUAGUAUGUUAAAGACGGUGGCAUCCGUGUAAUUUACAAAGGAAAGUAGAUGUGGGAGCCGAAAUGGCGCCCGUUUCGCAGUUAGCGCAGCAUGAGCCCGAUAGCUAGUUAAAGGGAGGAGACAGAAGUGGUGAGUGAGCGACAGGAAGUGGCGGGCGCUCCGGGUCCACACCUUUUCCGGUAGCACGGAGCGGCUCUUCGAGCCACUGAGAAAAGAGGGACCGGAGCGGGCUGGAUAUACUUGGGUAACGGGGGCCGCCGCUGCCGCAGGCAGAAGAGACGAGGAAGCCCUCGAAUGAAUCAAUGACCUUUGGAGUUACAGAGGCCGGGGCUGUAACAUUUGUUGUAACCAAGUGUGUGUGUGAGAGAGAGACGGCGUGGAGUAACACAAAGGAGCCGCUGGAAAAGCUGCGUUGUAACCGCCUGGCAUUUUUUUUUUGUGAGCGGACGGCGGACGAGGGGGAGAGGACCUCAAGGCUGACACGCCAGGAGGAAGUAGAUGAUCCAUCCUAUCAAUACGCUAUUCAGAGGGCAUUGGUACAUGGCUUAAUUUCAUCCGCACAGCGCUUUUGUUCACUGGAUUUUCUUUUAAAGCUGCUACUUUUAAGCGAACGGCUUCACGUCUGGAAACGCGGAGAGCGGCACGAGCGUGUAAAAAAACUUUUCUCCUAAUAACUGGAUAUUUAUGCACUGUUUACAAGAUGGGGAAAAUGCUAUCGAAAAUUUUUGGCAACAAGGAGAUGAGAAUAUUGAUGCUUGGACUUGACGCCGCCGGGAAGACUACGAUCCUUUACAAGCUAAAACUCGGACAGUCUGUUACCACCAUCCCCACCGUUGGCUUCAAUGUGGAGACUGUCACUUAUAAAAACGUGAAAUUCAACGUGUGGGAUGUCGGGGGGCAAGAUAAGAUCCGGCCCCUGUGGCGGCACUAUUAUACUGGGACCCAGGGGUUGAUCUUCGUGGUGGAUUGUGCCGACAGGGAUCGGAUAGAUGAGGCUAGGCAAGAGCUGCACCGCAUCAUUAAUGACCGGGAGAUGAGGGACGCCAUCAUCUUGAUUUUUGCCAAUAAACAAGACCUGCCGGAUGCCAUGAAGCCGCACGAAAUCCAAGAGAAACUGGGCUUGACCCGCAUCAGAGAUAGGAAUUGGUAUGUGCAGCCAUCCUGCGCGACCACGGGUGACGGACUAUACGAGGGCCUGACUUGGCUAACUUCAAAUUACAAGUCUUAAUGAUUGAAACCAGGACUAUUUAGAGCGAAAAAAUUAAACAAAAAUGUAAGAGGCAAUUAACAAAUAACAUGACUUCUCAGAAGAAUAUAUAAUACGGAGAAGAUCGAUUAUAUUUUCCUUUAUUUUGAUUAUUAUGAUGACCCCUAUAACUAAUCAGUUUUCUUUAAACAGACUGAAUUGUUUGGCUGGCUUUUUAGUUUGCUUCUGCUCUGUUGUAGAUCUAUGUCACACAAUUAUUGUGACUUAAAUAAUAUUCCAUAAAACGACUUAAAAAGGAAGUACAUAGAUUGCGGGGUUACUCCCUUUUUGUGUAAUUUCUAAAGAUGCGGUAGAUAUUUUUAGAUUUUUUUUUUAUUAUUUCUUCAACUGAAAAGCUUGGUGUCAAUUCACUUCUCUAUUCAUACAUUAAUGCUUGAAGGUCGCACUAAUGGUGAUGCACUCAAGUUCCAGGGAAGUAACGCUCAAGCUUUUGUCAUAAGUUUUAGUCUUUUUCUUUGGUGAGAGAAACCGAUGAUCUCCAGAUCCUUUGGAAAGGUUUUUUUUUUUGACAGAUACUGAACGAAUACUAGUGUACUGGAAACGGCUGGUACUGUACUUGGGUUUCAUCAAUGUCUUGGUUAUCCUGGGGGUGUUAUGAAGGACCUUAAGCCCACAUGUCUUUCAUUUUGAUUUUCCUUUUAUUGAAUUGUUCAAUGUGCUCCAACUUUGCAGCCAAAUUUAUUUAUUGCAGUACAGUUACAUCCCUUGAAUAUUUAUCUCUGACCCAGCCUCCCAUUUAAUGCAAUUCAUCUUUCACUUUUUAAUAAAUGUUAAAAGCCACGUGCCACCUUGACUUACGCCAUGUCAUAGGGUGGUGCUGAAGUGAAACUUAGUGGGAAUAAUUUAAUGUUAUUUUCCAUUAAGUGUUAAACCCAACCCAGUUUCAUUCAUAGCAUAGUUCCUGGAGGUGUGAACUUUGGAACUUGUAUGACAAAUUGGCUUCCAUGUUUCUUCAACUCUGUCACACAGUCAAAAAAAUCUUGUCUUCUGUAAUUAAAUUAUAAAUCCAUGGUAUUUUUUUUGUUUUAUUUACUAUAUUCUUUUGGUUAAAAGUAAAAAAAAAAAUGUACAGAAACACAAUGUAAUUGUAACAAAGCCUAUUAAACUAGCGAUUUUA